UGCAUUUAAAGAGCGCAGGAAUCCCUCACGGUGCAGCCCUUCAGGCCCAAGGAGGCAGGGGGAAGCAUCAAGCGACUCCGGUUGCCCUUCAGAUAUAAGGAUGCCAAACUGGGGAGGUGGAGCCAAAUGUGGUGCCUGUGAAAAGACCGUGUACCACGCUGAGGAAAUCCAGUGCAAUGGAAGGAGUUUCCACAAGACGUGCUUCCUCUGCAUGGCUUGCAGAAAAGCUCUGGACAGUACCACAGUAGCAGCUCACGAAUCCGAAAUCUACUGCAAAACUUGUUAUGGGAGGAAAUACGGUCCCAAAGGUAUCGGCUUUGGACAAGGGGCAGGAUGUCUAAGCACUGAUACCGGUGACCAUCUGGGCCUGAAUCUGCAACAGGGGUCACCAAAGUCUGCUCAUCCUUCUACACAAAGUAAUCCUUCAAAGUUUGCCAAAAAGAUGGUAGAUGUGGAUAAAUGUCCCCGUUGUGGCAAAUCAGUGUAUGCUGCAGAGAAGAUCAUGGGAGGAGGAAAACCCUGGCAUAAGACGUGCUUCCGCUGUGCUAUCUGUGGAAAGAGCUUAGAAUCCACGAACGUUACAGACAAAGAUGGAGAGCUCUAUUGUAAAGUUUGCUAUGCAAAAAAUUUCGGUCCCAAAGGAAUUGGGUUUGGUGGCCUCACCCAAGUGGAAAAGAAGGAGUGCGAAUGAGAAGAAAUGGAUGCAACAGACUCCAACUGCUGCUGAUGCCACCAAGUGAUAGUUGUCAAGUAAAACAUUAAAGAUCACAUAUUGCUAAGGACCUAGGGCAUUUAAUAUUUUCCACUUUGCAGGAAAAACUUGUGAGCUUGUAUCUUAAGAAAUUCUUAGAAUAGCUUAAAAAGGUACAGUGAUAAAACAAGAUUCAUGCUUGUUUUACAGUAAAAAGACAAAAAGCUCUCAUGGAACAUUAUUGCUUCUUAAACUAAUAUUUACCACACUUCGGACUGGAAUUUUAAAGACUCAGCAUACUGUCCCAUUUAGUUAGAGAUACCUUAUGGAGCGCGAGGGUCAGAGUGUUCCAAGUUAGGCUGUUACUUUCCUUUGUUCAGAACGUUAUGCUGUCUGUGUUUCUACCAAUCUCCUAGCGGCAUUUUGAACAUGUUGACAUUUUGUGUUAUGGCAAAGUAGAUGUUAUUCGCUUUGAGACAAUUAAAAAGGAUUUGGAAUUCUUUCAAAGGGAGAUAUUUCUGAAGAAAAACAACAUUUUCUUAGAACACUUUUAAGUUUUGUUAUUGUAUGAUUUCAAGCUACAAUAAAGUACUGAUAUUGCUUCACAUUAUUUUUACUUCAAUUUGCUUGUGAUUUUUAUGUUCCACGGUGUUGCAGAUAAAUGCACUUCACAGAGAUGAAUUACAUUCCCUAUUUCUUAACUACAAGAAUUGCACUGCAUUACACUGCUUUACUCUUACAUUAUCAGUUCUAGAUGCUAUUUAACUUGAAUUUUCUGAUCUUGAUCCGUUUCCCUGCUGGUUUCCGUUAUUACCUACUUUGACUUAUAUUCCAAACCACACCGACCAGGUGGCUACUCCAGACCGACACUGAAGCCUUUCCUCAGGAACAUGGCUGAUAUCUAGCUAUUAAAGAUCUAUGCACGUAGCUGGGAACAAUUCCCACUUUUUUUAUACAUUGCUAUUUUCCAUCAUCAGCUUACCCAUUUUCAUACACUAACAGGGCAUAUAUACAUGACAAAACGUAAGUCGAAGAGUCAGACUUUCUCUUAGUUUGGUGCCUACCUGUUCUUAAAUACCUCACUCGUCACAUAUCCCUUGAAUCUAUUUCAGUCUGUAAAGAUAUAGUUAGAAGCAUGAAAGCUCUAUUUUAUUACAUGUAAACCCCUCAAACAAAAAGACUUACUAGAGCUUUUCACAACAUAAGCAAUAAAAUUACAGGGUAAUUUUAACAUUAAAUUUUUCACUACAAACAUUCCCCUUAAUUUUCAAAUGUAAUUUUCUUAUAUUGUCUGCAAAACAAAGCAAAGGGUACCAAUGUGGUUU